AUGGGAUGUGUUCUAGGACAGCAUGACUCUAUUGGAAAGAAGGAGCAAACUAUCUAUUAUUUAAGCAAGAAGUUCAUGAAUUAUGAGUCAAAGUACUCAUUGUUGGAAAAAGCAUGUUGCGCCUUAGCAUGGACGACUCAAAGAUUAAGACAGUAUAUGUUGUACUAUACUACAUGGCUUAUUUCAAAUAUGGAUCCUAUAAAAUACAUUUUUGAAAAGCCAUCCUUAUCAGAAAAAAUAGCCAAGUGGCAUGUGUUGUUAUUAGAGUUUGAUAUUGUUUACAUUACUAGAAAGGCCAUAAAGGGUAGUGUGAUUGUUGAUUGCCUAGUUGAAUUACCGAUUGAGGACUAUGAGCCCAUGAAGUUCGAUUUUCUAGAUGAAGAUAUCAUGACGAUAGUAAAUACCUCAUCGGAUACAUGGACAAUGAUGUUUGACAGAGCCACAAACAAAGUAGGACACGGUAUGGGAGUGACUUUGAUGUCCCCUGAUGAGAAGAGGUACCCUUUCACUACUAAGUUAUAUUUCGAUUGCACCAAUAAUAUGGUUGAGUAUAAAGCAUGUAGUAUGGGAGUGCGAAUAGCAUACGAGAUGAAAAUAAAAAAUUUACGAGUCCUUGGGGACUCCCUAUUGGUUGUACAUAAGCUCAAUGGGGAAUAUGAGACGAGGGAUGCUAAAUUCAUCCCUUAUAAUGAUUAUAUUUGCACAAUAGCUCAAACUUUUGAUUCGAUAAUGUUUGAACACAUCCCAUGCCAAAGCAACCAAGUUGUAGAUGUAUUAGCCACUCUUUCUGCCAUGUUUAAUGUAGCUUACAAUGAAAAAGUUCAACCUAUAAGGAUGGAGAAGUAUAAGACACCAUCCUGCUGUAUGAACCUCGAGCAAGAACCUGAUGGUAAACCUUGGUAUCAUCAUAGUAACCAUUACAUUGCAUAUCGGGAGUAUCCACCAAGGGCAUCAGAAAAUAGUAAGCGUACCAUUAGGAAGCUAGCCAUGACUCUACUGCGAUGUGUCGAUGCCUUAGAAGCCAAAAAGAUUUUGGAAGAAAUUCAUGAAGGAGUUUGUGGGACGCAUGCAAAUGGACACAUGAUGGCGAGGUAA